AUGGAGACAGACUGGAGUGUGCUUCCCGAUUCUCUCCUUGUUAGCGUGUUUUCAUUCCUCGGUGCUCGUGAUCUCACCAUAUGCGGAGUGGUGUGUUCUCACUGGCGAGGCGUAUCUCUAUCUCGCCGCCUGUGGCGACACCUUUUGAAGAUUGACUACAAAAUUCACUCGUUUCCGGAAGAUCAUAGGCCUUUGUACAAAGAAUACAGACGUCUUGCACAUAGUAGCAAUGUUCUUGACUCAAAGAUUAUUAAAGAACUCAUCGAUGAGGUAUGGCAUGUGGGUUUCUCCCAUGAUGGAACUCUGCUAGCAGCAGCUGGGAAAGAAGGUCGUCUGAUUGUCUGGAACACCAGCAACUUGGAGAGACUCGAAAUGCUAUGGCAACUCAGUGUGCACGAGCCUCCAGUUAACAGCAAUGAAAUCAUGUAUGUAGAAUUCAGCCCUGAUGAUCGUUUUCUAUUGGCUAGUGUGAGUGUGCAACGACAGAAUUUUGAUGCCUCGGCUAUUGUCUGUAACUCAAAAACGGGGACUGUUCUUCUUAUCGUUCAAGAUCUAUUCCUAAAUGUGUUUGCAACCUGGUAUAGUAACAGUUGGAUUGUGACUAGUUACUUUUAUGGUACACUGGGAGGUUUGUUUAUCAUCACUAUCUUGGAUGUGGGGAACAUAAAAGAAGGGACGUGUAUCAAUCAGAGUGUUCACAUGUACCAAUCAAAAGUUGAUGUUGUUUGUGUCAUGUUUGAUUAUCACAACAUUCGUCAGUUGCAGCAUUGUAGGAUUAUUCGCCCUCGACAGCACCAAACCGUUCUCUUCUGUCAACUGAAUAUGGAUGACGUCGAUCACUUUGCGUCGGUUAAAAUAGCGAGCGAUGCCAAUAGUAAACCAUUGACACAUCGGCAAGGCAACGAUGUGAUGGAGAGUCCACAAGAUCAGUUUGAUGGUAUAGUUGCAUUGGAUCAUCACUCGCACGCAUGUGGAAUUGUACUCUCUCGGGAUGAGAGCAAACUUAUUGCUUCAGUUGUGACUGAACGUCUUGAGGCAGUUAAAUUGUGUAUAUAUGAUGUUGUUACACUACAGCUGCUGCACACACUGCCGUCAGACAAUAUGGCUCGUCCCAGUAGCUCCUACUAUCUGUUUCCUAGUGUGACAGAGGAAGUUAUUACCUGCGGAUCUGAUUCGGGCAUCAUUCACAUAUGGGAUUGGACAAAUGGCACUGAGAUAGGACAAAUACAUGGUCAUAAAGGGAUCUGUAGUGCCGUCACCUUCUGUCCAGGUCGACCCCAUGUGAUGGCAAGUGCUGGUGAUGACCACACUGUUCGAAUCUGGCGCUUUCAACCUACUGCAACUGAACCAACAAUGAACGAUAGCAAAUACUGAUAGUAAAUUCAAUGUAAUGCAGGGUAUUUACAACACAGAGAAUGAGUAUGAUUUUAUGAGCACUGUUGUUGUUGUUGUACAUAUAAUAUGUAGUUAUUAUUAUAUUACAAAAAAACUCUAAUGAUAUUGUGAGGUGACAGAUAUGCAUGACCUGACCACAUUAGUCAUAGAGACUCAUACUAAACAUUAGCGAGUUAAUUAAACAGUAAUUUGCCUCUCUGGGUGAUCCAAAAACGCAUCUAAGGAUUGAACAUCAUGGAGGCAGAAUGGCCGGAGUGUACGUCCAGAUCCUCUGCUGCUCAACACGUUCUCUAUCCAUGAUCCGCACUCUUUGUCUCCAUAGCCGGCUUCUAUUUUGUCUACAGUCGGUGGAAGGAGCAAUUAUCGGCAGCCAGUGUUGAACAGUUCACGAGAAGGGUUGGGGGUAGGACUGCAUGAUUAUGAACGCGAUCGACGUCGUCUUGCAAGAAAGAUACGUAGGAAACGUUGACGCUGCUUUCUUCUGGAUCCGGUCGCAUUCAAGUUUUUCCCAUGCAGGUAGGAGACGUACAAGAUCGAUCUCUAGCUACGACGAAUUAACUAGAGAAACGAAGAUGGUAGCAGCGUCUCAACGAAAGUAUGGUAGUCGCGUCCACCUCAAUACUUUAAGUGAUGCAAGAUCUAGGAACGCUACAGAAUUGAGAAAUAACAAGCCAAGAGUUACGCAGCAUGUGCAUGUGCUGAAAUUCGAAGUCUAGUGUGGGACAUUGAUGAUAUUUAGUUAAUUAUCUUUAGUCACCCUGUGUUUUCAAAGAAUUAUACAUUCUAGCUAGCAACAAGCUAAUGAUUAAUUAAUGAUAAUGACAAUAAAUAGAGACAAAAUUAAUAAAAUUUACAUUAAUAUUCACAAUACACAGACACAGACACAG